AAAACUUAUUACAGAAACUACAAUUCAACAAAAAAAUGUUUUUAAAAUCUCUAACUCAGUUGCCACCCGGUGGCACGAAUGCCGCUGGUGGCGCGCCUAAAACUGUGGGCGGCUGUUGUGUGCCGCUGGGAUUACCUCAACCUUUGCUGCUCGAGGAGAAGAAAUUUCUGCUGGCUGUGGAGCGUGGCGAUAUACCAAAUGUUCGCAGAAUACUGCAAAAGGCAUUGCGGCAGCAGCACAUCAAUAUCAAUUGCAUGGAUCCAUUGGGUCGUCGUGCCCUUACACUGGCCAUUGACAACGAGAAUCUGGAGAUGGUCGAGCUGCUGGUUAUCAUGGGUGUGGAGACAAAGGAUGCCUUGCUGCAUGCCAUCAAUGCGGAGUUUGUCGAGGCCGUUGAGCUGCUGCUCGAGCAUGAGGAGCUCAUCUUUAAGGAGGGCGAGCCCUAUAGCUGGCAGACCGUGGACAUCAACACGGCCAUGUUUGCGCCGGAUGUGACUCCGUUGAUGCUGGCGGCGCACAAGAACAACUUUGAGAUACUGCGCAUACUUUUGGAUCGUGGCGCCGCAGUUCCCGUGCCCCAUGACAUACGCUGCGGCUGUGAUGAGUGCGUCCGUCUCAUGGGCGAGGAUUCGCUGCGGCAUUCGCUCUCGCGUGUGAAUAUCUAUCGUGCUCUCUGCAGUCCUUCGCUCAUUUGCCUCACCUCCAAUGAUCCCAUACUGACGGCCUUUCAAUUGUCCUGGGAUCUGCGCAAUCUGGCAUUGACCGAGCAGGAAUGCAAGUCCGAGUAUAUGGAAUUGAGGCGUCAAUGCCAAAAGUUUGCCUGUUCCCUGUUGGAUCAAACACGCUCCUCCAAUGAGCUGGCCAUCAUCUUGAACUACGAUCCAACCAUAUCUAGCUAUGAGCCUGGAGAUCGCAUGAGUUUGACGCGACUGGUCCAGGCUAUAUCCUAUAAGCAGAAGACGUUUGUGGCCCAUUCGAAUAUUCAACAGCUGCUGUCGUCAAUUUGGUAUGAAGGACUGCCAGGAUUCAGGCGUAAAGGCAUCGUGGACAGAUUCAUUUGCAUUGCUCAGGUGGCGAUGCUAUUUCCACUCUACUGUUUCAUUUACAUGUUUGCGCCAAACUGUCGGACGGGUCAAUUGAUGAGAAAACCGUUUAUGAAAUUUCUCAUACAUGCCUCGUCCUAUGUGUUCUUUUUGUUUAUUCUCAUAUUGGUCUCCCAGCGUGCGGAUGAUGAUUUUGUGAGAUUGUUUGGCACAGCAAGCAUGAAGGCUGAGCUGGCGGAACAGGAGCAUCGUCAGCGUGGACAGACGCCAAGUAAGCUGGAGCUGCUCGUUGUGCUCUAUGUGAUUGGGUUCAUGUGGGAGGAGGUGCAGGAGAUAUUUGCUGUUGGCAUGCGAAGCUAUUUGCGUAACAUGUGGAACUUUAUUGAUUUUCUGCGCAACAGUCUCUACGUGAGUGUCAUGUGUUUGCGUGCCUUUGCCUACAUUCAGCAGGCAACGGAAAUUGCCCAUGAUCCACAGAUGGCCUAUAUACCGCGCGAGAAGUGGCAUGACUUUGACCCCCAGCUAAUUGCCGAGGGUCUGUUUGCGGCGGCAAAUGUCUUUUCUGCCCUUAAAUUGGUGCACUUGUUCAGCAUUAAUCCGCAUUUGGGUCCAUUGCAAAUCUCUCUUGGUCGCAUGGUCAUUGACAUUGUCAAAUUCUUCUUUAUCUAUACACUUGUACUGUUUGCCUUUGCCUGCGGCCUCAAUCAGCUGCUCUGGUAUUUUGCUGCCCUCGAGAAGAGCAAAUGUUAUGUCCUGCCUGGCGGGGAGGCGGAUUGGGCCUCUCAUGGUGAUUCCUGCAUGAAAUGGCGACGCUUUGGCAAUUUAUUUGAGUCCUCACAGUCACUGUUCUGGGCCAGCUUCGGCAUGAUUGACCUGGAGGACUUUGAGCUGACCGGCAUCAAGUCGUAUACGCGAUUUUGGGGACUGCUCAUGUUCGGCUCGUACAGCGUCAUCAAUGUGAUUGUUUUACUCAAUCUUCUGAUAGCCAUGAUGUCCAAUUCCUAUGCCAUGAUUGAUGAGCAUUCGGACACCGAGUGGAAAUUUGCUCGUACCAAAUUGUGGAUGAGUUACUUUGAGGAUAGUUCCACACUGCCACCGCCUUUUAAUGUGCUGCCCUCGGUGAAGUGGGUGAUUCGCGUGUUUCGCAAGUCCAGCAAAGCCAUCGAUCGACAGCGUUCCAAGAAGAGACAGGAGGAGGAACACUAUAGCAAAUAUGACAACAUUAUGCGUUCGCUGGUCUGGCGUUAUGUGGCUGCCAUGCAUCGCAAGUUCGAGAACAAUCCUGUGACCGAGGAUGACAUCAAUGAGGUCAAGAGCGAGAUCAGCACCAUGCGCUAUGAAAUGCUUGAAAUAUUCGAAAACAGCGGCUUGGAUGUGUCAUCCGCCAACAAGAAAGAGAAACAUCCUCGACCACGUCGCAUGAAGGUAUGGGAGCGACGUCUGAUGAAGGGAUUCCAGGUGGCUCCCGUGCAGACGAGCAGUGAAACAGAUCUGUUGAGCAAUGUGAAUGGCGAUGGGGAAAUGCGUGAGAUUAAGAUUGAGACAGUGCCCUCCAAGCCGGCAAAGGAGACGGCGCGAGAGCGUUUCCAGCGUGUGGCACGCACAGUGCUGUUGCAGUCGAGCACACACAAGUGGAAUAUGGUGCUGCGGGGUACCAUGCCCAACUCCCAGAUUGGACGCAGCAACAAAACGCAGCGCAAGAGUCUGCAAAAUCUGGGCAGGGCCAUCGAGGAGGCCAAGAGGCUGAUAUUACUCAAUCCGGGCUGUGCUUCUGGUCGCGAGUCGCCCAUACGCAUUGAGUUCGAGGACGAGAAGUCGAGCACUUUGUUGGAUCUGCUCAACCAGAUCAGCGAGGAGAUUAGCAUCUGUGAGAAGCCAAGGACUAAGCCCCAAUGGCGACCACCACUGAAGUCGGUUGCCGGUCGUGCCAUGGCAGCUAAUAAUGAAUGGUCACGAUCCAAUACAGCACCUGAGCUGCAGUUGGCCAAGAAACUCACGCCAACGCCAAGGGCAACAAAUUGUGGCAGCAACAGUCGCUCACGCGAGCUGCCUCUCUGCCCCAGCAAACUGGUCACGGCUGCUGCACCUUCCAUCAAAAAGACGGCGCCGGUUGCGCCCCAACCACCAACCAUGACUUACAACUCCAGCAAAAAGUCGAGAACGACGCCAUUCUCCGUGGAACACGCGUUGGCCAGACGUCGAGGCAUCAUCCCACAUGGCAUGUCGACGGGCAAUUCAAAUGCCUUCGAUAUACAUGUCGUAGAUCUGGACGAGAGCAAGCAAAGUGGCCAGCCAAUGGAUAAGGACAACAUAUCCGAUGUUAGCUCCAUUCUAAGCAUGAGUCCCAAGUGGCCAAAUCAUUAAAUGCGUUCCUAGCGUGGACUCUUGUGAUAAGCUUUAACAGGUUUCGCUUUAAUACUCCCUACUCCUCUUCCCACUCCUCAAAACAGAAGUGCCUAUACUCGCAUAUAUAGAAAUAAAAUUAUACAUCAACAAAUUGAA